GCCAGAAUGGAGCACUUAACAAUUUUAAAGGAAUUACUUUAAGCAUACUCUGUCUCUUUCCUUUGCUCCGGCUACCAGAAAGAAAGAGAAAUAAAACUGGGAAUAUAGUUUGUCCAGAAAGAUAUCAUAUUAUUACUUAGGGUGGUUUUGUCGCUGAAUUUGGUGUAUUGGCAAAUUGGUAGAAGCCAACCAAAAGAAAAAGUCUCUUUUUGAGAAUAUGAAUGGAAUAUAGAAUCAGACACCACUCCAAUUAACAAAGAAGGUGGGAACUUGUGGUGUAAAAAUCUCAUCUUCCGUAUAUUGAAUAAUAAGGAAGGAAAUGGGAAAGAAAAAGUCUUUGAGGAGCAAAGCUGUUCACUUUGUGACUGAUCUCACCACUGGCCUUCUCAACCCCACUGAUAAACCCUCCAAGCCUCCCCACCCUCCUCCUGAAAAUGUGAGCGAGUCUAAAAGAAGUCAACCAGAGUCAAUCAACGAAGAGGAUAACAGGGAUCUAGUUGAUGGCCCUGAUACAUCUUCCUUUACUGCAUUCCUUUAUUCGCUAUUGUCUUCUUCAGAUUCAGGUCAAAAUCUGAAUCUGGAGCAAAAUGAUAGUCCAGAGGAAACUGGUGAUGCAUCAUCUGACACAAUAAUGAAAGAGAAUGGUGGAAGGAAAAGCUUACUUUCUAGGGGUAAGCAAUCACUUAGAGUUCUUUACCAAGCUACUAGGAUUAGUGGAUACAAAAAUCAAGACCGCGAGGGUGAUUCUGACAUGAAAAUUGAUGAUGAGGCUGAUGCUCAAUUUGAUGGGCUUGAGAUGAGGCAUUUGCAAAAUGUUAAGGAACCUUUGGCUUUGGGAGAUCUUCCAGAAACUUCUGAGCCAUCAUUGCUUCUUACUGAGAAAACAAGAAGUGCUCUUUAUGCUUCACUUCCAGCUCUUGUUCAAGGCAGAAAGUGGUUAUUGCUCUACAGUACUUGGAGGCAUGGUAUAUCAUUGUCAACAUUGUACAGGAGAAGCAUGCUCUGGCCUGGCCUCAGUUUGCUGGUUGUUGGAGACCGUAAAGGUGCAGUGUUUGGUGGACUGGUUGAGGCACCCCUAAAACCAACUAAUAAGAAAUACCAGGGAACAAAUAGUACCUUUGUUUUCACAAAUAGACCCGGUGACCCGGCUGUAUUCCGUCCCACAGGUGCGAAUCGAUAUUUCACUCUGUGUUCCACUGAAUUUCUGGCAAUUGGCGGUGGUGGCCAUUUUGCACUCUAUCUAGAUGGUGAUCUGUUGAAUGGGUCAAGCUCAUUCUCAGAAACCUAUGGAAACCCGUGUCUUGCAUUCUCUGAAGACUUUGAAGUGAAGGAGAUUGAGUUGUGGGGCUUUGUAUAUGGAUCAAAAUAUGAGGAAAUACUUGCUUUAAGCAGAACAGAGACGCCUGGAAUUUGUCGGUGGUAAAGCAUCUUUGCAGCAUGAGGCCAAUGUGAUGAUUGAGCACCAGUGAUACUGGUGGCUUUUCCUUUGGCACAAUCAUCUCUACCUUUGUGUUGACUGAAUUAACAACAGGAAGUGGAAUCUUUCAUCGUACAUGUUGUUCCCUUUUUGUUAUGCAUUGUACAUAGAUGCCCAGCCUUGUAUAUACUACAAAUGCAUAUGUAUAUACUUUACAGUGUCUGGCACAAGUUGAAUUGUGGGUGAAUGUUACUGACGAUGCGUUUCAGCAAAAUUAGUUGAUCAGUUCUUGCUCA